AUGCUUUCUGCCAAAUACUUAAAAGAAGAGGCACUGAACGUUAAUCUAUUCAUAUCUAUCUAUCUAUCUAUCUAUCUAUCUAUCUAUCUAUCUAUCACGCUGUUUGCAGAUCUAUCUAUGUGUGUGAGCACAUCUAUCUAUCUAUCUAUCUAUCUAUCUAUCUAUCUAUCUAUCUAUCACGCUGUUUGCAGAUCUAUCUAUCUGUGUGAGGACAUCUAUCUAUCUAUCUAUCUAUCUAUCUAUCUAUCUAUCUAUCUAUCACGCUGUUUUCAGAUCUAUCUGUUUGAGCACAUCUAUCUAUCUAUCUAUCUAUCUAUCUAUCUAUCUAUCUAUCUAUCUAUCUAUCACGCUGUUUUCAGAUCUAUCUGUUUGAGCACAUCUAUCUAUCUAUCUAUCUAUCUAUCUAUCUAUCACGCUGUUUUCAGAUCUAUCUGUUUGAGCACAUCUAUCUAUCUAUCUAUCUAUCUAUCUAUCACGCUGUUUUCAGAUCUAUCUAUCUGUUUGAGCACAUCUAUCUAUCUAUGUCGUUUUCAGAUCUAUCUAGCUAUCCAUCUAUCAUUUAAAAUUUUCAGAGCAUAA